CUCAGCCGAGGCUCCCUCCCCCACCGGUUAAAUGGGCCGGCGGGACGCAGCCCCCGGAAACUGCCAGGAACUCCGGGGCUGCAGGUGCUACCGACCGCUUGGAGGCUUAGUGAGCGUCAUGGCAGAGCAGGUGGCCUUGAGCCGCACCCAGGUGUGCGGGAUCCUGCGGGAAGAGCUGUACCAAGAUCAUGCCUUCCACCCAUCGGACACGCACGUUUUCAUCAUCAUGGGGGCCUCGGGGGACCUGGCCAAGAAGAAGAUCUACCCCACCCUCUGGUGGCUCUUCCGGGAUGGCCUCCUGCCUGAAAACACCUUCAUCGUGGGCUACGCAGGCUCCCCACUCACCUUGGCCGCCAUCCGCCAACAGAGCGAGCCUUUCUUCAAGGCCUCCCCAGAUGAGAAGGCCAAGCUGGAGGACUUCUUUGCCCGGAACUCCUACAUGGCCGGCCAAUAUGAUGACAGUGCCUCCUACCAGCGCCUCAACCAGCACGUGAGCAGUCUGCACCGGGGUCCACCGUCCAACCGCCUCUUCUACCUGGCCUUGCCCCCCACAGUCUACGAGGCAGUCACCAAGCACAUCCGAGAGAGUUGCAUGAGCCCCACAGGAUGGACCCGCGUCAUUGUGGAGAAGCCCUUCUGGAGGGACCUGCAGAGCUCCAACCAGCUGUCAGACCACAUUUCGUCACUGUUUCAUGAGGAGCAGAUCUACCGCAUCGACCACUACCUGGGCAAAGAGAUGGUGCAGAACCUCAUGGUGCUCAGGUUUGCCAACAGGAUCUUUGGCCCCAUCUGGAACCGGUACAACAUCGCCUGCGUCAUCCUCACCUUCAAGGAGCUCUUUGGCACCGAGGGCCGUGGAGGCUACUUUGACGAAUUUGGAAUCAUCCGGGACGUGAUGCAGAAUCACCAGCUACAGAUGCUGUGCCUGGUAGCCAUGGAGAAGCCCGCUUCCACCAGUUCAGAUGAUGUCCGCAAUGAGAAGUUUAAGGUGCUGCAGUGUAUCUCAGAAGUGAAAGCAGGGAAUGUUGUGCUGGGCCAGUAUGUGGGGAACCCGGAGGCAGAGGGCAAGGCCACCCAGGGUUACCUGGAUGAUCCCACAGUACCUCCAGGUUCCACCACUGCCACCUUCGCUGCACUUGUCCUCUAUGUGCAGAACGAGAGGUGGGAAGGGGUGCCAUUCAUUCUGCGCUGCGGCAAAGCCCUGAAUGAGCGCAAGGCCGAAGUGCGGCUGCAGUUCCGGGAUGUGGCCGGCGAUAUUUUCCAGAAACAGUGCAAACGCAAUGAGCUGGUGAUCCGUGUGCAGCCCAACGAGGCUGUGUACACCAAGAUGAUGACGAAGAAGCCUGGAAUGUUCUUCAGCCCUGAAGAGUCAGAACUUGACCUCACCUAUGGCAACCGCUACAAGAACGUCAAGCUGCCUGAUGCCUUUGAGCGCCUCAUCCUCGAUGUGUUCUGUGGGAGCCAGAUGCACUUCGUGCGCAGUGAUGAGCUGUGUGAGGCCUGGCGUAUCUUCACGCCACUGCUACACCAGAUCGAGCGGGAGAAGGUGCCACCUAUCCCCUAUAUUUAUGGCAGCCGUGGUCCCACAGAAGCAGACGAAUUGAUGAAAAGAGUUGGCUUCCAGUAUGAGGGCACCUACAAGUGGGUGAACCCCCACAAGCUCUGAGCCCACCACAAAAUGCUCCACCCUGGGGGUGAGCUUGGGAUCAUGACCACAGCCACCAGCAUCACCUUCCCAUAGCUUGCUCCCACCCACUCAACAUUCCUGACAGUUGGCCAGGCCCCGGAUUGCCCUCAACCUUUGGCUCCUUGGCACCCAGCCUGACUGCACUCCAUGGCCAACUGGGGCCUCCAGCAUUAAACCUGGUCCAG